AUGCAUUCAGUUCAUGACGGGCGCCACAACCCCUUCGACACGGGAGUCAAGCGUUUCUCGGAUAUUGAAAUAGAGGCAGAGCAAGACUGGAGAAAAAUAUAUGAUCCCAAGCCGGCACUACCUCAGGAGAAACCUGCACCCCACGCACAUGAGGCAUAUGCGGAUUCAACUCAUGCAAAUUCUAACAGCAAGCGUAGAAAGCAGGUCCAUACCCGAUGCAAUCCCCAGACGAGUCACCGGUUCGAUAGCCCAUCAGGAGAAUGGUUAGUCGCAUCGAAAAAGCCGGGAACGCUUGACUCGGAACAUGCUCUGGGAUCACGCUCUAUAAUCGAACCUCACAGGAACCUGGACAGCUUUUUAGUUGAGAGCUUGAUUGCAUGCACUGAACAUGACCAUUAA